AUUUAAUUAUGAUCAAAUAACUAUUUAAAUUAGGCACUAAUGUAUGUGGUUAAAGAAUCGGAAAAAACUUGAAAUUAUUUAAUUACUAUCAAAGAUUCUAUUUUACAACAGCCACCCAAAGCAUCGAUUAAUUAAAAACCAAAUUGGCAGAAUUAAAUUCUAAAUUUUAUGAGAUUGAGGAAUACAAAUAAAAGGAAAGUAUCAUGUUAGAUGUUAUAGACGUAAAGAAGUAAUUAAAUACUUUACUAUUUCCUAAUAAACAAGAAGAAAAGUAAUUAAAAAUAAUAAAAUUUAUAGUAAGUUUUAUGAAGGAUACAGGAGAGAUUUGUUGGUACUUGCUUAAUUAAAUUUUGAGAAUGAUAAAAGAGAAGAAUGCAGCAAACUCUUGAAUGAAAUUAUGUAGGGAGAUUUUAGGAAUGAAUUUAAAGAUCAUAAAGAUGAAAAUUAAGCUUUUCUCACAGGACUAUUUAUGAUUCAUUGCAUGUCAAAUUUAGAUAAAUUAUCUAUUGCUGAAUAAUCUGCUGGAGAAGCCGUUUAAUAUCUCUAAUACUUUAUUGAUAAUUAGUGCCCCAUCUAUUAAGCCUCUAUUUAAAAUCAAACUCCAACCACUGACAAUUUAUUCGAAUAAGAAUUAUAACAUAUCCAAAAUAUGGUCACUCACUUGUCAUUAUAUUCAAAAAUAUGCUAAGAAAGAGGAAAGUUUAAUGAAUCUAUUGAUUAAUUGGGAAUUGCUGCCACUUUGUUAGAUAAUACAGGUCAUCUAUUUAGAAAAAGUAUUGAUUUCGUAUAAUUUUAGUAUUCUCUAAAUAAAUUACCAUAAAAACAGAAUUAAAGGAGGAUGAUUUGAAAAGACACUUUAUGAACAUUCUCAUUAAUGAAGCUAUAAUAUUGAAAAACUUAGCAAAGUCUUGUUUACAAUUAGGAAGAUUCGAAGAUGGUAAAUAAUUAAUUGAUGCUGCAUUAACAUACUUUGAUUAUUUAAUUGAAUAAAAGUUAUUGAGUCAAAAUGAUGAAAACUACGUUGCUACUUUAAUUGAACAAUUUAAUUACUUACACCAAACAAAUGGAAAUGUGGAGGACAUGAAAGUCAUCAAAAAUAAAUUAGAUGAUAUUGCCAAAAAUACUAAAGAAAAUGAAAAUACUCUGUAUUCGUUGAUUAGAUAUGAACUAUUUCUUAAUAAAUACUUUGAAACUGACAUUUAGAAAUUAAAUGAUCUGAUGGCAAAAAUAUAACAGGAUGUUCCAAUGCAAUUAGAAUUCAAUUAACAACGCAUCUAAGCACUACUUGCCAAAGGAGAUCAUAAGAAUGCUUUCGAAUAAUGCAAAGCAUAAAUAAAUAUUCUUAAAUCUUAUUUUGAUUCAUCCCAUUAAUUGUAUGGAGAAACUCUAGUUACAUUAUUAGAGUUGGCAAUCAAUGAUUAAGACUUUUUAUCAGCUAAAGAUUACAUAGUACAAUUGUCAUCAUAAUCCUAUAAUAUAACCUACAUUUCUGACAUCGAAUAAAUUAUCAAAUUCUAAAGGUUAAGAACAGAGUUUUUGGAAAGAUUUAAUCAAUAGUAAUCAAAUGAAUAAGUACAUUUCAAUAUUUAUUUUUAGUUAAAAAAGAUUUUAGAUAAGAUUGAAAGUAUAGCAUUUACUAAAUUCUCUAAUUCAUAUAAGAAAAGUUCAAUCUUAGCUGAAUUUUAUAAACAAAUUGGAGACAAAAAUUUGCAAAAAGAAAAACUUUAAGAAUGCUUAAAUAUUCUUUAACAAAAUGUUACAUUUCACAAAAGUGAUUUACUUAUCCAAUCAAUUAAAAAGUCUAUCAGUGAAAUAUAAUGA